GGAAGUGUUGGUUAGUGCCGCCGUCUGUUGCUGCUGCUGGGUACAGACGGAGUUUCAAAGGUCGGGCUGGUUCAGUCGGUGCUGUGUUGACCGGACUUCGGUGUUUACUUCUGUUUUAAACAAGCCCCUCUGGAUCGACCGAGACAACAGAAAGUGAAUGAUAUAGUCAGCGGCCUGGGGUCCUCCAUUGGAGAAGGUUUGUAUCAUACAAGUUCCCGCAUAUAAAAGAAGAGACAUCCUACUGCGUCAGUGUUUGAAUGUGACUACAGUUUGAACUUCUGCUAAGCCAGAAACCAAAUGGGGAAUCUGUUAAAAGUGCUAACUUGCACUGAGCUUGAGCAGGGACCAAACUUUUUUCUUMACUUUGAAAAUGCACAGCCGACAGACGGAGAACAUAAUGUGUGGAACCAGGUGGACUCGGUCCUUCGGGACUCUGAGAGCAUCCUGACGGGCCUGCAGGCCUACAAAGGAGCAGGACAGGAAAUCCGAGAUGCAAUUCAAAAUCCCAAUGACCUGUUGCUGCAGGAGCUAGCCUGGAACUCUGUCUGCCCACUUGUCUUCAAAUUGAAGAAUUUCUACGAUUUCUCAACCAGACUAGAGGAUGCUCUUAAGAGUCUGUUGGAGUCCCUGACGUGCCCACCACUCACACCGACUCAGCACCUGGAGAGGGAGCAGGCGCUAGCCAAGCAGUUUGCAGAGAUCCUCCACUUCACUCUGCGCUUCGAUGAGCUUAAGAUGAGAAUUCCUGCCAUUCAGAAUGACUUCAGCUACUACAGACGGACCAUCAGUCGAAAUCGGCUAAACAACAUGAAUUUGGACAUUGAGAAUGAAGUCAACAAUGAAAUGGCAAACAAGAUGUCUCUGUUCUAUGCUGAGGCUACACCCAUGCUGAAAACACUCAGCAACGCAACAACAAACUUUGUCACUGAGAACAAAACUCUCCCUUUGGAUAACACAACAGAUUGUCUCAGCACCAUGGCCAGUGUCUGUAAGGUCAUGCUCGAAACACCGGAAUAUUCCAGUCGCUUCAGCAGCGAGGACACACUCCUAUUCUGCAUGAGGGUGAUGGUUGGCGUCAUCAUUCUUUAUGACCACGUCCACCCCAAUGGUGCUUUUAACAAGUCCUCUAAAAUAGAUAUGAAAGGCUGCAUUAAAGUAUUGAAGGACCAGCCAGCCGAAAAGGUUGAGGGCCUCUUGAAUGCGCUCAAGUUCACCACAAAACACCUGAAUGAUGAAUCCACUCCGAAGAAUAUCCGGACGAUGCUCCAGUAACAAAUUUUUCUUUAUAUAUAUAUAAAACAGGUAUGAAGAGGAUCGUUGUGCUGACCUCAGAUAAGAUGGACAUGUUUACAUUAUUUAAGAAGACUCAGUGGUAAUACUUUUAUGUAUUUUGAAAGGCACUCCCUCCAAGUUACUCAGACCAGCAGAGGACAUACUUUGUUCUUUGGAAUAAAACAUGUGUUGAGUUUUGCUGUCAGCACAGAGCCAUCAGGCCUUACUGUUUGUAGAAAACUGAGUUUCAUUAGAAGCAAUUAGAAGUGAAGCAAUA